UAUCACCUACAGUGGAACACCUGUUGCGUUUGAUGAAAUAAAAAAGAUAUUUUUUCUUGAUUAAAAACUUAUUUUAUCAAUCGCUGCCAACGUGUUCAAUCAGUUAUUUAAUCAGAAUUUCAGUUUUCAGGAUGUUGUCUAUUUUAUUCACGGCUUUUUUACUGGUCUGCUCUAGCCAUGGUGACGAAGUGGAUCUAGAAGGAGAUGCAAACAUUUAUGAAUAUGCUAAAAGUGCUGUAGAAGAAGUGAAACUACAUAAGUUGGCAGAUAAAUUGGGCAUCUCUCAAGCACACCCAAGCAUACUUCAGACACCACAAAGUGUGUGUUACGAUGAACUUGGCUGUUUCGACAAGAACGGUACCUUCAAGCACUUAAAAACACUUCCCGAACCUCCAGAAACAGUUAACACUAAGUUCUUACUGUAUACAAGAAAGAAUUUGGUUGUACCUCAAUUUUUAGAUUACAAGGAUGUGAGCACUGUUCUCAAAAGUAAUCUAAACCCUUCUCACCCCCUCAAGUUUAUAACACACGGUUUUGGAGGGAGAAACAACCUAACAUGGGUAUGGAAUAUGAAAACGGCACUAUUGGAAGCGGAAGAAGUGAAUGUAAUUGCCAUCGACUGGAGUUUAGGUGCUCGAGUCCCUUAUUACAUACAAGCAGCGGUCAAUACGGAAUUGGUAGGAGCAGAGGCAGCAGUUCUUUACUACAGGAUUAAGGACAAACUUGGAAUCCAAGAGAAGGAUCUCCAUCUCAUCGGUUUCAGUCUGGGUGCCCAUGUGGUUGGCUUUAUUGGAAAGAGAAUGCAAGAAUUACGCGGAACUAAGCCAGGAAGAAUUACAGGCUUAGAUCCAGCCAGUCCUCUAUUCGAAGAUGAAGAUGAAAGUGUCCACUUAUCAAAGGACGAUGCUGAAUUUGUGGACGUUGUACAUACAAACGCUGACGCUAUAUGGUACGGUGGCGUCGGUAUAGAGAAACCCAUAGGACACGUUGAUUACUAUCCAAAUGGUGGUAAGAGGCAACCUGGAUGCCCAAGUACUUUAAAAGGAGUUAUUUUCGAUAUGUUUAAGGGUAUGAGAGAACGAGCUUGCAAUCAUGAACGUGCUGUGCAUCUGUUUACAGAAUCUGUUCUGAAUCCUACUCCCUGCGAAUACACGGCUUUUAGGUGUCAAAAUUACGAAGAUUUUGUGCUUGGCAAAUGCAUGAGCUGUUCAGACUCUUGUGGUCGAAUGGGUUACAAGUCACACGGCUCUGGUAUAUACUAUUUGAUGACGAAAGCAACUACUCCAUAUUGUGCUGGUCUUGCCAAACUGACAGUGAAAUUCCCUGCAACCGUCAAGAAGUCCUAUGGAUCGAUGAUCUUGACGUUCGUUGGGAAGAAUGGAGAAAAAGAAAACGUGACGCUAACAGAGAAAGAUGAGAAGCUUUCCCCUGGCGGUGGAAAAUUUCAAGCAAUGCCCAUAUCUGAUAUUGUAAGUCAGUUGGAUUCAGUUCAGGUUCUGUACCUGAGAUACAAUGGCUUCUUUACGAAAGGAAAGGAAACCUUUGGAAUAGCCUCUGUCACCAUACAGGAUUCGGAUGGCAAAUAUAUAUUUAAGAGUUGUGCAGAUCCCGUCAUUCUCACCGACCAGAAGUACCAUACUUUGAAGCAAACGGAUGCCAACUGCUGAUGAGAAUACUGUGGAAUUAAAAGAACGAAUGAGAAUCAUGUUUUUUUUAAAUAAGAUUAAUGGUCUUUCUGCUCAAUAUUGUAAAGAAAAACUGUUAACUGAUUGCAUACUUCAUAUAAUUCAAUGUAAUUCAGCGUUUUAAAUUCCAAUAAGAAUAACUUUUAAUAAAAUGCUGAAAUGCG